UGCUAACAAAUCCUUAUAAAACCGCAGAACAACGGUCAAUCUCUACGGAUUCCUUCAACAACUCAACCAAGCUGUCUUCAACUUUCGCAUCUGUCUCCAACUUUCGCAUCUGUCUCCUUUUGCGGUCGAGUUUACAAUCAUGGCCAAGGACAUGACACUUCUCUGGGGCUCCGGCUCUCCUCCGUGCUGGCGUGUCAUGAUCGCUCUGGAGGAGAAGAAACUGCAGGGAUACAAUCAGAAACUUCUGUCCUUCGAGAAAGGAGAGCACAAGUCUAAAGAAGUCCUGGACAUCAAUCCCAGAGCACAGGUAUGUCAUUUGCAGUGUUCGCUGUAUUGCAGUUGCCUAUUUCCUCUGCAGUCGCUAUAAUGUGGCACAGUUCUGUGUUGCAGGUCCACUCCAGUCCAAGACUCCAGACAAACAAGACACACCUAUUGCGUAACUAAAAAUGCAGAACUGCAUUGUCAUGCUUACCUCUGCGUUUCCUCUCUCUCUCCCUCCCAGCUCCCUGCUUUCAAACACGGAGACAACAUACUCAACGAGUCGUAUGCAGCGUGCAUGUACCUGGAGGUAAGAUAUGGGUCUGACUUAGCUCUGGUCCAGGACGUUCAAUCGUCUUUUCUACUAAUUUAGUAGAGAAACACCCUAAUGCCCUGGUCCAGAGCUAGGUCUAACUAGCCUAAUGAAGCUAGGUCUAAUUCUCUCAGUAUUUCCACUAGUAUUCAACAAAGCUGUGCAAUAUUUAUUACAAUCCAACUUGUGUAAGUUUUAGUUGUCAUUGUGCUGUAAAUUGAUUCUGCUGUAAUGGACAAAUGAUUUGCCUAGCUCAAACCCUUCUCCUAAUGUAGGGUUUUCAGUGUUUACAUUCACCCACAUUUGGCUCCACCUGAACUACAAUUUUACUGUUUAAACGUCUUAGUCAAUGUUUUAUUUAUUUAACCUUUAUUUAACCAGGUAAGCCAGUUGAGAACAAGUUCUCAUUUACAACUGCCACCUGGCCAAGAUAAAGCAAAGCAGUGCGAUAAAAACAACACAGAGUUACAUAUGGGGAAAAACAAAACGUACAGUCAAUAACACAAUAUAAAAUAUAUAUAUACAGUGUGUGCAAAUGUAGUAAGUUAUGGAGGUAAGGCAAUAAAUAGGCCAUAGUGCAAAAUAAUUACAUUUGAGUAUUAACACUGGAGUGAUAGAUGUGCAAAAAGUGAAGUCAAUCAUCACUUUCAAACCGGUUUUUGAAACAUGCUGAUAUGCCCCUUAUCUUUCAUAUCAGCGAGAAAUAAUCUUUAAAAUAAACAAGAUACUUAAUGUAGCAGGUUUUGCACAGAUCCAUGAGUUGUGUGCCUCCAGUUGAACUCUAGUUCUCCCCGGUUACCGGACACGCAGGUGUUCAGCUGGCCGCCUGUCUUCUGGAAACAGGUGAUGUAACAUGGAGCUGUGGGGAAAACUAACCCUAUAAAAGGUGUGUAGUCAUUUAACCUUUUUGUUCUUAGAAAAUUAUUUCUCACUGAUCUGAAAGAUGCCUUAUGUUUCCAUAAACGUAGCUCAAGCGCUGCGUGUUAAUGUUUCCCCCAAGCGUCGGGGCUCGUUGAACUAAACUCCCCUGGUCAGAAGAUGCUAUCGUCAAGAGGCGCUAAAGCACGUAGCGUCUAUGAAUGGGGUAAUUAUUUCCAAGCAAUAAAAGACUGUGGUCAAUAUUUGAUAUGGUGGAGUAUCUAUUUAAAGGGACAUUUCAAAAUGUUUCAACUUCAUAUUCAUCUCCAGCACCACUCCAACGUCAUGUGAGAAUGGCGCGUUUCUAUGUUUUGUAGUACAAAAGAUGGAGGAAGAUGCGUGUUCCCAAGGACAUCUCUGUGCAUCCUGUGUUUUUAUUUUAUUUUAUUUUUAUUUUUUAAAAAUAAAUUAUGAGUAGGCAGUUCCUAAUUGGUCAAAUUAUGUCAUUGGAAACACUCAUAUUUUUUACUAUAACAUAGAAACGCGCCAUUUUCAGAUGUUGGUGGUGCUGAAGAUGAUGAAUACAAAGUUGAAACGUCCCUUUUUUUUAAGCAGGCAACGUUGGCUAUACCCCAACCCUUUGUCUACAAUAAUGAACAACACCACCUACUGACAUUUGAUAGCACCAUGACAUUUGAGUCCAAGCAUUGUACACACAAUUCAGUGACUUCAGUAAUACCUCUUUUUGACCAAAGGUCCAUAGCUAGCUACUACUGGAUAUAGGUAUCUUUACUUAGACCUGAAUUAAGCAAUCAGGCCAUGGGCAGGGGUGCCUGGAUACAGCCCUUAGCCGUGGUAUAUUGGCCAUAUACCACAACCCCACCCCAAGGUGCCUUAUUGCUAUUAUAAACUGGUUACCAACGUAGUUAGAGCAGUAAAAAAUAAAUGUGUUGUCAUACCCUUGGUAGACGGUCUGAUAUACCACGGCUUUCAGCCAAUCACCGUUCAGGGCUCGACCCACCCAGUUUCUAAUUGUUACUGUUUCGACCGUUUUUUGUUGUUGAGUUCCUACAAGAAACAAUGAGCUCACAAAAGUGAUAUGUUGAAUGUACUGUAUAUUAAGUAAGUUAUCAGUGCAUCAAAUGUAGUGCGCAGUUGGUAUUGCCCCACUAGGUGUCGCUAAUGCACUGCACAGUAAGACUUGACUGUUCUGAGUUUACCCCAGUUCACUGUUCUCUCUCUCUCUUCCGUGCCUGAGCCAGUUAAAGUCCUAGGGGAUCCUGUUCACUGCUCUCUCGUUCUCAUCCGGGCCACUGUUCUCUCUCGUUCUCAUCCGGGCCACUGUUCUCUCUCGUUCUCAUCCGGGCCACUGUUCUCUCUCGAUCUCUCCCCUGACAGAGCCAGUUCAGGUCCCAGGGAGCCCAGUUGAUUCCUGGGGGACAAGCAGAGCAGGCCCUGAUGUACCAGCGCAUGUUUGAGGCCCUCAGCCUCAUUGACAAACUCUGUAAGACGCGCAUACAUACACACAUUGUACUGUUCCUUGGCAACAGUGGUCAUGCGAUACUUGGCUCCUGUUUCAGAUACUCGGCACCCCAGAGUGACGCUCUCUUGUUCAGAAAGCUGCCGUCCUGACUAUCAUUGUUAGACUGUGCCACAUUCCCUACAGGCCAAAUGUUACUGACUGAUGCCAUGGGUUGAGUCCCAAAUGACACCCCAUUCCCUUUUAUAGUGCACUACUUCUUUUUAAGUGCCCUGGUCAAAAGUAGUGCACUAUAAAGGGAAUAGGGUGUCAUUUGGGGGAUGCAUCAUUUGAUUUAUUUCUUAAAGGAAGACUCAGCGAUAGGUAAAAAAAAUAAAUAAAGUGUGUGUUACAUAAAAGAGUAGUGAGUGCUCAAACCUAGGUGAUAUUGUGUGAUGGGUCAAAUCCCAUGCUGUGCCUAGCCGAGCCCAACCCAGGGUUUGGCCACCCAGACCAGAGUCAUAAGACUGACUGCUUCCCAAGUGAUUCCCUAUGUAGUGCAUUACUUGUGACCAGGGCCUGGAUGGAGGGGACUUGAUGAAUGGAGGGUUGGCUUAGACAGAGUUGAAGGAUGUGAAGUGGACACCGUCUUUAAUCUGUGAUUCACUUAUGAUAUUCGUUCAUACAGGGCUCCUCCACACACGCAUAUCCCCCCCCCCCCCUCCCCAACAUGUUGUGACUUGCUCAACUUGCUGUCCCCCCCACAUGGCUUUGGAACAGAGAAGACCAAUGAAUUUAUAUCUCUAUUGAGGGGCCAUAUGUUGAAGAUGAUUACAUUUGUUUUGACGUUUGGUUUGUCUCACAGCUAAUGUCAUCUACUACAACUACCGUGUCCCUGAGGGAGAGAGGCAUGACUCUGCGAUCAAGAGGAACAAGGAGAACCUGACCACUGAAAUCAAACUGUGGGAGGGAUACUUUCAGAAGGUGCAUGCAUUUACGAACGCGUUCGCACACACCCUCUGUAUUUGUUGUUGAUAGACAAGUCUUGUUCACGGCCUUAAUGCUCAAAUCAGUUGUUUUUCAAAUCCAUUUUGGAUUACUGACUGUCCAAACGGCAAGUUUCAUGUGACCAAAUUUGGAUUUUGUGUGUUCAGACAUUUGCCGACAUGGCUACCCUAGUUGUCAUGGUUACGCUAGUUGUCAUGGUAACAACUGUUGUGUGCGCUGCGGCGUAGGCUGCUCCUGCUUCCUGUCACUCAGAAGUUAUGUAGCAAGCUAAGGUGAAAACAAUGCCUGCCAUGGACGUUUCCCAGCUGCUUUAAAAUGUUCAAAUUCAUAGUAUAAGAACGCUUAAAGCCUCAAAGGAUAAGAUGCUCCAACUUUAAAAAUGAGUCCUUUUGGCUAGCUAGGUAGCGGUUUGGCUUUCUAGCACGUACAAUUGUUUUGUUAACAAGCUAGUUAGCAACCACAUGUUCUUGUCAAACUGUCAACAGAGUAGCUAGCAAGCAACAAGAUAUGCCAAGUAAAAGUAUUUGCCCCCAAGUGGUUUUUAAAUUUCAAAUCCCAUGGCCAGGAAUCAGAUUUGUAUGUUGAAAUACCUGAUUUGGCGUGCCAUUUGGCUGUUCAUACUGCAGGAAAAAUAACCGUUUUUUAAAUUUAUUUAAAUGUGUAAAAACAGGAUUUGAGUCAUAUCAAACUGCCAGUGUGAACAAGGCUUAAUAAAAGUUGCUUGUUUCCAGAUGGAGGCGGGUUCUUACCUGGCAGGAAAAGCCUUCUCAUUGGCUGAUGUUAUAGUCUUCCCUGUGAUUGCUUACGCCUUCCGCUUUGGGUAAGAGGUUCACCAUGUAUUAUCACUUAUGGAUUAAGGGAUGGGUGGACGUAUGGAUUGAAAGAUGAGUAUGUUUCUCCCACGGGCGACGACGACGUGUGAGUGAAUGAAUGAUUUGUGUGUCCUCCUCUCCCUCCAGGCUGUCUGCAGAGCGCUACCCCAAACUGGGAGCGUACUACGCAAUGCUGAAGGACAGACCCAGUGUUAAAGCUACCUGGCCCCCACACUGGCUGGAAAACCCUCAGGUGGGGGACGCGCUCAGGGAGUUCUGAGACUCACACCUACUCAGGAACACGCAUAUUAUCUUAAUCUAUGUAUCCUUUAUGUCACGAUUGUAACUGAAAGACAAAAGUUCCUUUUUUUUUUAU